AUGGAAGAAGGGGCGCAGGGGGAAACCCCCCGAGAGCAGCACCGCCUCCUGCACCCCGCGGCUUGGCAGGGCGCUCCCCGGAUGGACCACCUUCUCCUGCACCCUCUCUCGGGGCAGGGGGCCAGGGACCCGCACCUCCUGCUCUUCUCCCCCAAACAGGGGCCGCAGCACCCCCUGCUGCACCCCAAGCAAAAUGCCCUGCGCAGGGAGCAGAAAGCUCCACUGCCUGGGGAAGGGCUUGCCUAUAAAGAGCAGCAGCACCUGUUGGAAGACCAGCCUUGCCUUGCCAGGCAGCUCUGCCAGCCUGGCCUCGGGUUGGAACCUGGGGUUUGCGAGAAGCUGGAAGAGGCGGUGGCGGAGGGAAAUGGCCAGCAGAAGGUGCUGCAAGUGAAAGCGGAGGAGCGGGAGCAAGAGAACCAACUGCUCCCGACGGGCGGCAGCAACAAGAAAAAGAGAGGGGAGCACAGGGCGGCUGCCAGUCGUCGAGGAGGGAAGGAGGAGGGAAGCAGCGGCGCGAAAGGAGGGGGGGAAGUCAAAGUGGGGAAAGGAGAAGAGCCAGAGGAGAUCAAGAAAGAGGUGAAGGUGGAAGAGAAUUGUGAUGCCAAAGCCUUGGGGUCCGGAAAAGAAGGGGCCAUCAAAACGGAACUGGUGGAGCCUCGCGAGGAAGCUUGCAAGGGGAGGGAAGAGGUGGCAUCCAAGCCUCGCCCCUCCUCCAACGGCCCAGCUCAUGUCAACAAAGAUGCUGACUUGUCUCAGCCUCUCGGGACUCAGCAUCCUCAAGAACUGAAGAUUCCUGUCACGCUCCAUGCUGUCCCUCCUGGGGCUAGAAUCCAGUUUCAGGGGCCACCUCCAUCUGAGCUCAUAAGAGUGACUAAAGUGCCAGUGGCACAAGUACCCCUUAAAAUGCAGUCCUUGCUGGAGCCUUCAGUGAAAAUAGAAACGAAAGAUGUGCCUCUCACAGUGCUACCCUCAGAUGCAGGUAGUAAAUAGGUAUAAUAGAAUUUGCCAAGUUGGCCUUUAGUCGCUAUUUAUGUACAAGUAAACACCGGGAUAGAACUGUUCGUACACAUUAAUCUGCACCACUAUUCCAAACUUUUUAAAAAAAUAUAUGAAGGGCCAGAAGGAAGAUAGGGCUUCACUGAAGUUCAUGCAAUUAACAACAGCUCACUGUAUACUUUACUGGCUGUUGCAACCGCCAAAGAUUAUGAAGAUGGUCAAUUAUGCAAAAUCCCAUCUACAAUUUUUUAAUAUUUGCAGGAGCUUUCUAUUGCGGAAGUAUGCCAUUGCCCUCUUUAAUACAUUGUAACCAGGGCACAGAGAUUAACUGUGACCCUCAGAAGAAACAACAAAAUGCUUCUUUCAUGUGUGGCAGAUUAAAGACUAACAUUUUUUGUGCCAUCAGCAUUCAUAGACCAGUAUCCACUUCAUCGCCAGUUUAUGCCACAAUAAAUCUGUUAGGCCUUGUUCUGACCCUCUUCCAAGGAGCCCAGGGCACUAUACAAACAUCCACCUUAAUUUUCACUACAAUACUGAAGUAGGCUUGGCUGAGACUGUUACCCAUAAAGCAUUCUUGAGCCUUUGGGCACAUUAGGUAUUUUGAAGGAGUAUUGUGGGCACCAACACCUCUAGUUGCUCCCUCCCCCUCCCAGUAGUCAGAAAGGAAGCACACACAGAGAUUGAUUGGUUUUUCAAACGGUUUGGUAAAAGUCAAAUCCAGUUGAAUUAAAAUGAAUCCUCUUGAAUUUGCAUGAUUUUAUGUGGGGUUCCGCAAAAAAAAAAAAACCCCAAAUAAACCCCACCCCACCUUAUAACGUUACACAACACAGUUAAAAAAAGAAAAAGCAGAUCUGGUGCUUUCAGGUAUCAAAAACAUUGAUCAAAGCAUGGCUACUCUUGAUCUUUACACAGAAUAAAAAACACCCCCAAUAAAUUACAGAAUAUGUCUGCAGACACAGGUGACCAUGAUUUGAUUAUGGUUUUGAAGAGAUCCCUUGUAUUACGAGGCUUCAGGAAUAUCUGUUCCUAAGAUCAGCGUCUUUGUGUCAUGGCAGCUCUGGAAAGUACCAGAUCCAUGGUUCAGUCAACUGACACAUGAUGUGAUACUGGUUCUGGGAAACACCUGUGAAAAAUUCUGCAAUUCCAAGGGGAUCUGAUUUACUGGCUCCAAUGUGCACAGGCACAUGUGUGCACCUCUCUCCUUAUUCCCAUGGCACCUGUUUCCCCUGGUUGAUCCAUUUUCUUCAGUCUCCCAGAUAACUCCUCUUUCCCUCCUAUGCUAUUUACGUUCUUCCCUUCACAUUCUGUUAGCAGCUCAGGAGCUGAUCUGAGUCUUGAAAAGCACAUCGAGCUGAAAGAGCAAUGCCUUCCUUACCUCUUUCAUUUUUCUGAGCCCUGAAAUGCAGAGAAGAAAGAAGAAGUAGAAAAGAGUGCCAUCCUUUCAACUUCUUCCUUCAGCUCUAUGUUCUUUUCAAGGGGGAGGGAAGUAACAAGCUUUGUGCCAACUCAGUGAAGGAACAGUGAGCAAUGUAGAACUUGGAGGCAUCGCUCCCAACAAACUAUGAUUUGUAGCCAAGAUUACCAGUUAUGAAUUGUUGUAGCAAAACAAACCUUGAUCGCUGGCUUGGGUGUUACUCUAAGCCAGAUGUCAUGGUUUGUUUCUGCUUAGUGCAAGUAAGUAGGAGGCAAACAUGCUCAAAGUAAAUUUUUAUUUAAUAAAUUUCAAUACUACCCUUCAAGAAUAAAGUUUUCUCAUCAGCCUCAAGGGCUGCCCCACAUAGAAUGUAUUGCAAUAUUCCAGUCUGGUGAAAUUACCCACCUUAGUGAAAUUAAUGGGGAUACUUUUGAAAUACUAGGGUUCAGAAUUAUCUCUUGAGUGGCUUUCCAAAGUCAGACACAAAGGUUGAGCAAUUUAAGGCUUGCCAAGUUUAGAUCUCGCAAAAAAGCUUGCUAUGUGAUCUUGUGCAUGUCUACAUUAGUUUCGGUGAGAUUUACUCCCCCAAGUAUAAGGGUGCAUAGGAUUGCAGCACCAGACAACUUUAAAUUUAGGUCUCACCAUUUCUAAGCUGCAUCCCUUGAGUUCUGACCACAGGAACAUCUGUAGUGGAUAUGCAAUUGUUUUCAUAGAUUAAUAGAAGUUGUUGAUAUGCAUUCCAAUCCUUAAUACUUGUACUUUGAAAUAAUUCAGGAAGCUUAGAUUCAGAUGUAUGAGUAAAGUUUAGUACCUUAGCCUAAAAACAGUAUUCUGCUUUUAGUACAUAUCUGUUUAAGCCAGUGGUUCUCAACCUGUGGGUCCGCAGAUGUUGGACUGCAACUCCCAUCAUCCCUGAGCUCUGGCCUUUCUAGCUAGGGAUGAUGGGAGUUGUAGUCCAACAACAUCUAGGGACCCACAGGUUGAGAUAAAAUGACUCAGGAACAGCUAUUGGUUGGAAGUGGUGCUCCUCCUGAAUGGUUGAUGUAUGCCUGGGUGGACACACACACCCCUUUCCUAGUGUAGGGAUGUGCCCUGGAUUCAAAUCAAACACUUCAGGCAUGUAAUCAUAAGCUGUUUCACCUAGUUAGGGCUUUUCCUUUCAGCUCUGUGCUGCUGGUGUCAGUGCCCAUAUUGAGACUGAAGCAUGGAGAAAAGAAAUUCCACACAACGCGUCUGAUUGAUGUCUCCUGCAGUGGCAGCAGAACUGUUAGGGAACUGCUCAGUAUGGGGUUGAGCCAGGACAUUUUGCCCCCUUCAGCAUGGUGAUGCUCAAACCUUUUUCUCCUGCUUCCCAGCUCCAUACUUCACAGCACCCUGUCCCAACUUGAUGCCUUUCAGACAUUUUGGACUACAACUCCAAUAGCCAUGCCACCUGGCCAUGGGCAUAGCCAGGAUAUUUUUUUUGGGGGGGGAGAUUUUUGUUGCGGGGGGCAGAACCAAUGUGAUUGGUCAGUUAGUUAAGUAUUUAUAUUGUUUUACUUGACGGGGGGCAACUGCCCCCCCUGGGCUACGCCUGGCUAAUGGAAGGGAUGAUGGGAACUGGUAGUCCAAAAUAUAUGGAACACACCAUAUUAGCAAAGUCUGCCCUGCAGAGUGAGACACUGCUGUUGUUGCUGCUGUCAGUGUGUGUUCUGGCCACUCCCCCUGGUUGGUUGUCAACUAGAGUGUCCCGUCCCCCCAGUGGGUCUUGAAUUCCUGUCCCAGUAAGGGUGUGUGCUCUUUGCAGGUAUUCUGCUGAUGAAAUUGUGUGGGUGCCAUGUUGUGUGGGUGCCAUAUUGUGUGUCUUCUUCCUAUUUAUUUUAUUUAUUAUUUAUUUACAUGGCAUAAAUGUGACAUAAAUUUAAAAAAAACAGUAAUCAAGAACAACAACCCAAUAACCCCACCCCCUACUCAACGUGUCAUGUGCUAAUAAAUGACUCCCUGUAUGUCAGAUGGGCAGUCUCUGAUUGCUGGGUAUUGCCUGGGUUUUUCCUGUUCCCCUGUGUCCACCGCCCUUCCCUGAGCAUGUUUUAUAUACCGCUGAACACCACCCCAAUCUCUGAGUAGUGCGAGAUCCAGGGGUUCCAGGCACUUACCCAGAGUUUGGUUUCCUCAGAAUGAGGGACAGUGGAGACCAUGGUGUCUUUAGGAUGUAUGGUUUAUUUACACAUAUAUACAACCUGAGCCUGCGAUGGAGGUGCUCACAGCAUCUUGCUUCUCCCAUAGCCACAGCCUUGGAUUCCAGCACAAGUCAGACAUGGCUGUGUGUCUCUCAGCUGCCCAGGCUGCUUUCAGCCUCUACCACUUACACACCUCCCUUGCUUUUGUCUUUCUAACUGCCAGACAGUUGAGGGAGGGAGACCCACUCAUUUCUGCUCUGGCACAGAGCCACUUCCUUUGUUACCUUAAUGACCCAUUCUUGCAGGGCCAUUUUCAAGAAACGUGUCUGGCUAUUCCAGCAGCAACUGGAUCCUUGUUGGAUCCAGGAAUUAGGAGGGACUCAGACAUACAGUCUGCUGCUCCCUCUCUGGAAAAUCACAACAGAUGCAGUGGCUGUUUUGGCAGUGCGAUAUAUAUAUAUGGAGCACAAAGACACCAUCUCUAGUGUUCUUGGCAGAAUGCAAUACCUCUCUACACUCAAAAAUGAAGGGGAUUUUGUUGAUAAAUCAAUAAAUAUUUGUUUUUCAAGUAAGCAAAUAUAAUCAUAGCCCUGUCUGGUCCUGAGGACUCUUCCCCAAGCCCUGCUCCUCUCCAGCUCUACUUUACACUCUUCUUGAACUGGCUGGAAUAUAUCCUUGAACUCUGAUAAUGCCUCUAGUUUGUCUAGUUGAUGAAAGGGGUGAGUGAGAGUGUUUUAAAACUAGCCUAGUGGACAAAGAUAAAAUUUACAUUCAUUGUUCCACCCACUUUUGUCUUUGGUGCUACCUACCACUGACACAUGGCCCUCGGAAGGGAAUGUGGCUCUGUCUGAAAAAAGGUGCCAUAUCACAAAUCACUUGUUAAGCUCCCCUCGAUUUCAAGCACAGUUUGCCAUGUGGUUUGAGAGAAUUGCUGUUACUCCUUUCCUGCUGUGAUUUUGGAAAUGUGUUUAUAGCAGCUGAAUUCUAUUUUUAUGGAGGCUUUUUUAAAAAAGUCCCAUUACAUUACAUUACAGUACUGUAUCCCAUUUAAAAUAUAGCAUAUGCACUGUCAUUCUCUAUUACUGUAUUUGUUUUGGUAUAUUGCUGUUGGCCCCCUUGAGAGGACUUGAUCCAGAAAGGUGUCUUAUAAAAAUUUAAGGAAAAUAAGCCAAAAGCUCCUGUGGGCUUAUGACAAUGGUUUCAUAGUUAUUUGGAGCUUGGCCUUUAUUUCUGUAGUCUGCACUAAAGUAAUGAGCCCAGAAUCAAUAGCAAACUCAUUGUUUUUAACUACAAACUUUGUAUGGUACUUAUACUGCGUACCCAUCCAUCUUUCUUUCCUGUAGGGAUACCAGACACUCCAUUUAGCAAAGACAGAGAUGGCCAUGUCAAGCGUCCCAUGAAUGCAUUUAUGGUGUGGGCAAGAAUUCACCGGCCAGCCUUAGCCAAAGCUAACCCUGCUGCCAAUAAUGCGGAGAUAAGCGUUCAGCUUGGAUUGGAGUGGAACAAACUCACAGAAGAGCAAAAGAAACCUUAUUAUGAUGAAGCUCAGAAGAUUAAAGAAAAGCACAGAGAAGAAUUCCCUGGUAUAAAAUAGGUUUUGGUUUUUUACAUGUUUCUCAACAUCUGAUGGUCUUGAUGCAGUGCUUCGUGUUAUCCAGAAAUAGGUUUAUGAGUGGGAAAAGGUGGGGUUCAAGGACGAUACUUGAAAGGAAAUACAAAAAACCCCACCACCAUGCAGGAACCACGAGGCAGUAUUCAUUAAAGCUUUUGUCACCACCACCCCUUCUAUUCCCAUAGUCCAGUGGUUUUUUUCAGGCUCUGAAAGUUUAAAAACCAGUUCAGAAGAGGGAGCUGCUUAAAGGGGCUGCACUCUUUAAGUUCAUGUAUGCAUGGAUGUUGCACAUGUGCAUUUUUACAGCAUCUGCCAUUGACAUUAAGUAUUUAAACUGAGUACAAUAGCAGAUUUAUUAUAGCAAAUGCUACUGGGCCAAGUUCAAGGUGUUGCCAUUAGUAUAUAAAGCCCUUAACAGGAUGGGACCAGUUUACUUGCAAGAUCACUUUACCCUAUAUAUGCUGAAUUGACAGCUUCCACCAGUGGAACUGGCACUGUUACAGGUGCAACAUAAUACUUGUUCUGUAGUUAUAAGAAAUUGAUCUUUUGAUCCAGACUUUGGAACUCCCUGCUUAUUAACAUCAGGCAGGUGCUUUCACUGUACUCUUUUUGGUGUUCUUUCUUUGUUAUUACAUUAAUCAGUUUUGAAAUAAAAUAACCCAUUAUAUUUCAGUGAGCCUACUCUUUUAUAUUCCCACAGGUUGGGUUUACCAGCCACGACCUGGCAAAAGGAAGCGGUUCCCCUUGACAGUCUCCACAGUAUUCUCUGGCACUACUCAGAAUAUCAUUGCUACCAGCCCAAUGACAGCCUCCACUGUCUUUACUGGGACAUCUCAGAAUAUUAUUACUACAAAUCCAACUACCAUUUACCCUUUCCGAUCUCCCACCUACUCUGUGGUCAUACCCAGCGUACAGAACAGCAUUGGACACCCAGUCUGUGAGUUCAUUCCAAUAGUUUAUGUGAGUUCAUUAUAUGAUAGGAACUACAAAAACCCAAUGUCUGUAUUCUUGUUGAGAGUAUGAUUAUGUAGGAUUAUGUAGGAAUAUUUGAUGAUGAGAUGUGGCCAUAGUUUCGCGGUAGCCUUAUUAAUUCAUUUCCAAAUUAGAUUAGUAAACUACAGAAUGUUUUGUUUAUAUGUUUGUUUAUUUGUUUUAAUCAUUCUCAAAGCAAAGUUGGGUCAUUAUUCUUACUAGCAAAAUGUCUGUUAAGUCUGAUGAGAGAAGCAAAAGCGUUUCUGUUCUCUUCUGCCUCACCACUCUCCACCCUCUCAUAUAUCAUUGACUUAAUGAAGAGUAAGACACCAGGGCAUGCUCACUUUUCUAAAUCUAGUCCUGCCCCAUGUUUCUCCAUAAUGAACAUGGCUUGAAAGUCUUGAGGAAGGGAUAAGGAACCUUCAUCACCACUGAAUGGAUACACCACCACACUGAAGGUCUUUCAGGUUCUGUGUUUCCUCCUUCCCUUCUGAGCCCACGUCCCAGUUUUCAGAUGCUGUCUUAGAAAUAUAUUGCCCCUCCCCAACACUCUGAAGUUGACUUCAGGAGGGAAAGAAGAAGCAUUAUAUCCCAUUCCCUAUGCUCAGUUAUGCCAGUACUGUAUCUGGAAUGAGAAUCAGAUUUUUCUCUCUUUCAGCUGUAUCACAUAUUGCAACUGUUUCCUUUGGUUUUUUUUAGAACUCCACGGGAACUAUUAAAAACCAAGCUAGUCCCUGUCUGCACAGCCCUGUUUAGAGGUCUUUUCCUUGGUCCCAUGAGACACUGUUAGGGGAGAAAAUGUUGGGGACUUGAUUUUAUAUAAAGGAUUCAUUUUUAUGCUGAUAGGGAAUUGAGAGACUUGCCAAAAAGUGCCUGGAAAGUCUUUGCCUUACAUGUUCAAUGAUAGCACACUGCAUACUGGGCAUCAUUGUGAGGGAAACUUGUAGGAGAUUUAUAAAGAAAAGACAUUUUUUAAAAAAGAUUAACAAUCUAAAUAUUGAAUGUCUUUUUUAAUGUUGCUGAUUCGUGAAAUUGCAUCCAUGGAUGUCAUUGGGUAUGAAACUGCAGUAGGUUAUGCUAGGGUUGCCAUAUUUCAAAAAGGGAAGAUUCAGACAUAUGGCAACCAUAGGUUAUGCUAUAUUAAAGAAAAGCUUGAAAAAUCAUGAGAAAUGAUCCAGUGCUAUUUCAUGGAUCAUUCUUUCUAUAAUCACAUAGUAUAAUAUUUAUAACAUAGUGUUAAUGGGUCCUUCUCACUUAUGGCUAAUACUUUCUCUUCUCCAAAGGUGAAGCCCCUUCUACUAUCCAGCUGCCAGGUCCUUCUGCUCAGCAUCCAGGCCCUAUUACGCUGUUCCAGCCAAAUGUAGGAAGCACAGCGCCACUGGCUGCCUCAACGGCAAAUCUGCCAAUUCGCCCAGUGCUUCAACCUCAGCGUUUUGCUGCACCUUCACCAACAGAAGCUCACCGUGUAUCUUCAGGAACAAAUUGCUCUAUAAAGAGACCAACCCAGAUUUCUAUCGAAAGCGCAAGCAGGAACCCAAAUAAUACAAGCACCACACAUUCCAGAUACAGUGUCUCAAAUAGUCAACCCCCUAAGGAGUACUCAGGUGUUUCUUCUUGUUCUAGAAAUGGACCCAUUCCUCAAGCUCCUCCCAUCCCCCAUCCACACGUUUAUCAACCUCCUCCCAUCGGUCAUCCAGCCACCCUGUUCGGAGCUCCUCCUCGAUUUUCAUUUCAUCAUCCUUACUUUUUACCUGGGCCCCAUUAUUUCCCAUCAAGGUAAUGCAGCUAUUUAUUUUUGUUCUCCAGUAAAGGUGCAUAUCUAGUCAGACAACCACGGAAGGAUUUGCAGACUUCUACAGGGAAAAGAUUGAAAAGAACCUGUGUGAAUUUCCAUGUACAGUUGUACCUCGGAAUUCAAACGGAAUCCAUUCCAGAAGUCCGUUCAACUUCCAAAAUGUUUGGAAACCACAGCACGGCUUCUGAUUGGCUGCAGGAAACUCCUGCAGCCAAUCGGAAGCCACGGAAGCCCUGUUGGACAUUUGGCUUCCAAAAAUAGUUCGCAAACUGGAACAGUCGCUUCUGGGUUUGCAACGUUCAGGAGCCAAACUGUUCGAGAACUAAGCUGUUCGAUUUCCAAGGUGCGACUGUAUACUCUUCCUUUCUGUCCACCCUUUUUUCGUCUUUCCUCACACAUUUAUCCUCUAUUCAUUUCAUUCCACUGAAACAUUUCUCAUCAUACUUUGCAGUGACCAAAGGGCUUUUUUAUAAGGGUUUCUUUUUCAUUCUUGCUUUUUAAAUUUGAUCUGCGACCUUGACAUUGUUGUUUAAACUUUUCUCCUCAACUCACUUUCCUCCUUUGAAAGGAGAACCUCUCAUUCGGGUUCUCUUGACUCUUUGGUCAUCUCCAGAUGACCUGUUUAAUGAGCAUUCAGCCUGAUAAUGUUUGUGGGGAAAUUAGAUGAUGUUGCAUCAAACAAGUGUUAUUGCAGAAGCUCCAGUCCCUUUUCACGUCACUUUCCUUAUCACAAAAGGCCAUCAUGUUCUGCAACAGUUGGUAUUCACCCAUGCUUAUAUCAGUUUAGAAGACCUUGCUCAAUGAGCCACAGUCUAAAAGCUAGGCUGAUGGUUAUGAAGAAGGGGGCUUUUUUUAGUGGUGGCAUGGAUACUGUGUAAUGUUCUUACUGAGGUGGUUUAUCAAUCCUGCUGCUUGCUAGUAUAUCUGUUUGUUUGUUUGUUUGUUUGUUUGUUUGUUUGUUUGUUUGUUUCAAAAAGCUUCUAGUUAAAUUGAGUAUUUUGCAAAGAUGUUUAUUUUGAUGUAGUCUUCAGUUUUACUUCACUUUUAUACUGAUGGUUUGUUUGCUAUUUUGUGUUAUGAAGUGUCGUAGAGGUGUUAUGAGGUGUGGUAUAGGUCAAAAGUUGAAAUCAUUCGUUACAAAAAAACAGGUCUGCAUUAAGAGUUAUGGGAUGUAUGUGGCUACAUGGUCCUGCCCCUGGUUGUUGAACUGGACCAGAUGACCUUCUGGACCAGAAAAGGGGAACAUAUGGUCUUCCAGGUGCUGUUGGGCUCCAACUCCCAUCAUGUGUAAACACUGGCCAUGUUGGUUCAGACUGAUGGGAGUUGGAGUCCAACAGUAGCUGGAGGGGUACAAGUUACCCACCCUGUUCUCAUUGUCUCUUCUAAAUUAGUUAUUCUGUAUAAUGUACCAUGGGCACACAUCUUGGCUUUUUGAAACACGGCCAUAUUAUUGUAUUCUAUUUACAAUUGUGUCCCAUGACUGAGGUAAUCCCUUUAUUAUGGUAACUGGUUUCCAGAUUUGAAUACAAACAAGCUAUAAUAUAUCAUUCAGUUUUAUGGUAAAAGCCGUGAUGUAACUCAUCUUUGUCUUGCUGCAGCACAUGUCCAUACAGUCGCCCACCGUUUGGCUACGGAAACUUCCCCAGCUCCAUGCCUGAAUGUCUUGGCUUUUAUGAAGACCAGUAUCAAAAACACGAGGCAAUGUUUUCUGCUCUGAACAGAGACUAUCCUUUUAGAGAGUAUCCUGAUGAGCAUACGCAUAGCGAAGACUCCCGUAGCUGCGAGAGCUUGGAAGGGACAUCCUAUUACAGCAGCCACAGUCAGACUGAAGAGGAAUACUUAAACCCUAUGCCACAGCUGGACAUUGGGGCCCUUGAGAAUGUUUUUACUGCAACCCCAUCCACACCCUCUAGUGUACAGCAAGUCAAUGUGACUGAUAGUGAUGAUGAGGAAGAAGGAAAGGUGUUAAGAGAUUUGUAA